ACUGCAAGCCGGCCCCAGGCCGCCUCGCCGCCACCCGGCCUCGCUGCGCGCCACCAUGGACAGUCCCGUUUUCCCCUGGUAAAGAUGGCGGUGCGCGAUCGCUGCAACCUUUAGACUAAUGACUGUCCGAAACAUCGCCUCCAUCUGUAAUAUGGGCACCAAUGCCUCUGCUCUGGAAAAAGACAUUGGACCAGAGCAGUUUCCGAUCAAUGAACACUACUUCGGAUUGGUCAAUUUUGGAAACACAUGCUACUGUAACUCUGUGCUUCAAGCAUUGUACUUCUGCCGCCCGUUCCGGGAGAAUGUGUUGGCAUACAAGGCCCAGCAAAAAAAGAAGGAAAACCUGUUGACAUGCCUGGCAGACCUUUUCCACAGCAUUGCCACGCAGAAGAAGAAGGUCGGCGUCAUCCCACCAAAGAAGUUCAUUUCAAGGCUGAGGAAAGAGAACGAUCUCUUUGAUAACUACAUGCAGCAGGAUGCUCACGAAUUUUUAAAUUAUUUGCUAAACACUAUUGCGGACAUCCUGCAGGAAGAGAAGAAACAGGAAAAACAAAACGGGAAAUUAAAAAAUGGCAACAUGAACGAACCGGCAGAGAAUAAUAAGCCAGAACUCACCUGGGUCCACGAGAUUUUUCAGGGAACACUCACUAACGAAACUCGAUGCUUGAACUGUGAAACUGUGAGUAGCAAAGAUGAAGAUUUCCUUGACCUCUCUGUUGAUGUGGAACAGAACACCUCCAUCACCCACUGUCUGAGGGACUUCAGCAACACAGAAACACUGUGUAGUGAACAAAAAUACUAUUGUGAAACAUGUUGCAGCAAACAGGAGGCUCAGAAGAGGAUGAGGGUCAAAAAGCUGCCCAUGAUUUUGGCCCUGCACCUGAAGAGGUUCAAGUACAUGGAGCAGCUCCACAGGUACACCAAGCUGUCUUACCGGGUAGUCUUCCCUCUGGAGCUCCGGCUCUUCAACACCUCCAGUGACGCUGUGAACCUGGACCGCAUGUAUGAUCUGGUUGCUGUAGUCGUUCACUGUGGAAGUGGUCCUAACCGUGGGCAUUACAUCACCAUCGUGAAAAGUCAUGGCUUCUGGCUUUUGUUUGAUGACGACAUUGUAGAGAAAAUAGACGCUCAAGCCAUUGAGGAAUUCUAUGGUCUAACGUCAGAUAUAUCAAAAAAUUCAGAAUCUGGAUAUAUUUUAUUCUAUCAAUCAAGAGAAUAACUUGGUGGAGCAGGAGACUCAUUCAAGCAGGGAAAUACUCAAAGCACUAGAGCCUUGUUUCUCUGCAGACCUCCCCUCCCCCCAGCGGCCCGCUGACGUCAUCACUGAUACCCACUGGUCUGGCAGUGUUAAACUUCCUUCCUUUGUGUUUUUACAUGCAGCACUACUCCUGGCUCUGUUUUGGUCUGAGGUAGAGUUAACUGCAGUCAGAUUAUAGUCAGAUUUAUAUGAAUAACUGUUGCUAAUUUUAAGAUUGGGGUGAAUGUUAUGCCGCUUGUUGUCUGGCUAAACUAGAGUGAUAUUUCCUGUAAAUGUCAUGGUCCAUACUGAGUGUUUGAUAGACUUCCUGAAUGGUUUCCGGGGCCACCUUUCCAUGCAUUCCUUCGACAGGUCCCUGGAAGCAUUGCUACCCAUUGUUAGCGUGCCUGCCUCCUCUGACGGGAGGGGUUGGGUAGAUAGAUAUUCAUCUGUUAGGGCUACAACCAUAGCUUUAAGUCUGUGCAAGUGAAAAUGUUUAAAAGUGAGUGGCCUAGAUGCCGGAAUCAUCCUCCACAUUGGAGCAAGGUGAGGUAAGGCUGUCGUUGGUGGCCAGUGUUUGCACCCAGCUGUGCUUACCUAGCUGGUAGAAUCCCAGGGGCUAAGACAUUAUGGAGCUCAGGGCAGGCAAAGUCAAGAGGAAGAUGUAUUUUGUGGUCAGUGAAAAGUUACUUAUCUUUCUACCAAAAGCCAAGUUUCAGGAAAAUAGCGCAAUGCUGUUCAGUUUUAGUAAUAAUUUUCUUCCAUCAGGUCCUGUAGUUGUAUUCUUCUCAUAUUUGGUACCUCUAAGCUCUUCAAGCUGUCUUUACAAUCCUGCUGAUGUCUUGCAGUCAGUGGUAUCAGGGCUGAGACACCACCUCUGGCAGGUCUCUCUCUAGCCAGUCAACACCAACAUCUUUCCUAGAUGAGGAAGAUAAAUCAAAAACUCUGUUCACCUUGAUGACCAUCAGCAGAUUGUACAGUGCUGCUGCUUCUGCUUCUGCUUCUGCUUCUGCUUCUGCUUCUGCUUCUGCUUCUGCUUCUGCUUCUGCUUCUGCUUCUGCUUCUGCUCCUCCUCCUGCUCCUCCUCCUGCUCCUCCUCCUGCUCCUCCUCCUCCUUCUGCUCCUGCUCCUCCUCCUCCUGCUCCUCCUCCUCUUCUUCCUCCUCCCCCUUUUCUUCUUUUAACAUUUAGUCUGUUUAUGAGGCACUGUGAGUAGUGCUGGAAUUAGUGCAGUAUGAGGUGGGUCACAGGAAGUGUUAGAAGGUGGGUGGUAGUGUAAGAUGGUGGCUGUUUCUCUGGCUCAGAUUCCUAGAAUGCUUGACAAGACAGUUUCCUGGAAGAACCUCAUCUCACCGUUUCCCCCCUUUUUUAUGUGUGUAUUUAUUAGAGCAUUUGCAUAUUGGUACCUUUUAUUAAAAGGGUUGAUUUGGUGUUUUGCCAUUGAAUGGAUCUUGGUUUUCCUACAAAUAAUAUGAGUCAUAGUCCUUGGCUUCAUUUGGGACGUCAGUUGACUUCCACACACUAUAAUAUACUGUGAACGUGUUAUGUUGUGACGUAAUACAUCAGCAAAUGAACAUGCAAACUCGUGGUGUAAUGUGAACUCAAACUGCAGUUGAAAAUGUCAGUGGCCAUUUUGCAGCAAUGAAGAGGAUAGCACUUUAUCUAGGUGAAAACUGGACUUCUUAUUUCUGAAAUAUCUUGAAUUGUUUGUGACUCAGAACUUAAGCAUGCUGACACUUCAUUUCUUCAUGCUUGAAGGGACAUGUUUCAUUCUUCACUGGAGCAGACGAAACAGGGUUAUGUCAUGUUACUCUCUUAUGCAAGUGACGAAAACAGACCUUGCCUUGGUUAGAGGCAAUGCAUAUUUAUAAAUAUUUUGUCUUUUUCCCCCCUUCAUGAAGCAUAUUUAUUAAUCACUUACAUUGGAGGUGAACCGUCACUCUUUAAGGAGAGGCACUUUUCCAAGUGUAAGUGAUUGAUGGCCUGAGAUGUUUGUACACACGCAGCCAUAUACUUGACUGUGGGUUACAAAGGUUAAGAAAAUGGCUACUGGUUUCUAAUAUAUUUGAAACUGAUCAUAGAACAAAAACUAUUAAAACUAUCUUUGAAACAACUCUUGCAGCUAAUUUAUUAGACAAAAAUGUUUCAAUUGGAAACCCAAAUGCUAUUGAAAGGUUUGGCACAUUUUUCUUGUCUUUCUUUUUUAUUUUAUUAUUAUUAUUAUUAUUUUUGCCUUUCUCUUGUUUCUGUGAGCAUUUAAAGUUUUACCCAGCAAUGUAACUAACCGAACUCAUUGCUUUUGAUGGAAAAAGUAAGUUUAAAAGUCAGUAUUCAGAAAGAGGUUUUAGAACAGAAGAAGAUAAGUGAUCGUCAAGACUAUUGUACUGACAUUCAGUUGGUUGUGUGGUGCUGGAAAAGAAGACCAAGAAGACCGAACACACAUCUCCAUCAACACUCCGUCACUGCUACAAAUGUAGAACUAUCUAGUAAGGACUUACCUUUUCUUCAGUAAAGAAAACACGAGGCAGCUCUGUCCCACCCCCAUUACGUUUUUCAUAGAGAAGUCGUGUUCUAACUUACUGUCCCUGGUUCCUAGCAUUAAAGCAGGGUGUGACAGCGGCUGUGGGACACGUAAGACCAAUCCCAGGUCACAGAGAUAGCACAAAGACCCAGCAACAGUCCCCGAUGGGGGUUUGUAUAUCCUUUCUCCAGCAGGAGUAAGUAAACCUGCUGAAUUUUUCUUAAUUUCUAUAAAAGCUGGGUAUUUAAAAAGAAAUUAAAGUGUCUUUCAAGAGACUUUAAACUUUUUUUUAAAAAAACAAUGUUUCUUUUAUCAGUUAUUUGCUACUUUAAAACAUCCAGAUGAUGCUGCAGUGUGCGAAAUAUUUUGUUUCCAAGCAGAAGUUAGUAAAAUGGUGAUGUGCAGUCUUGUUACAUUGAUGCAUUCUUUCCCAUUCCAAGGCAUCAUCAGCUAGACUGGCUUGAAGAGAGCCAGAAUUAAUACAAUCAGGGUGUCAGUCUAAAUAGGAAGCCAUUCCCAUGUGGUUUUUUUGUCCCAGUUAUAUUGUGGGCUUGAUGGAAAAUGACAGGAAUGGUCCCUGUGCAUUGUGUUCGAGAGCACCCUUCAUCUCAUGGGCAUGCCUAACUUGAAAGUUUGUUCUAACUGGCGCUUAAGGCUUAUUUUAGAUACUGGAGGGUAGCUUUAUUCUGGAUGGAUUUUAUCUUUUAAACAUUUCAUUUUGAUCAACUUUGUAUAUUCAUGUGUAUUAAAAAUACCGUGGCACUAAAUGUUUCCCCCCUGGUUUGCUGUAUCUGGUCAAGGCAUUUACCAGCACCAUUGUGAUUAGCUCAUGCAAAUGGCAUGGGCCAGAGAAAAUUAUUGCCUAUUUUUCUGCCUAAUUAAAUUUCUGUUUUCUAGUAUUACAUUAAUUUAUUUUUGGCUCCUAUUUCUGUAACCAAAAUAGUUACUGUAUGUGUGUGGCAUUCACUUGAUUUUGUUGCUU